ACCUUCAAUAAUUCAUAUUUCACUCCCAAUACUCACACAAACCAUAACUGAAAUUAAACAAUAAACAUGGUGAACUUUGUGGAUGCUCAGAAGCCAUUGUUGCACUUCGUAAUGAAACUGGCCGGUGUUAUACCUCAUGCCGUCGAGAUCCAGCCAGGAACCGUAAUGAACUUCUGGGUUCCCAUUAACACCGUCAAAAACCCCAAGAAGCGCAACAAAGCCACCACCGCCCCCACCUCCAACGCCGGCGUCGUCGCCGUCGACGCCAAACCAUCCAAACCCGUGGUGGUUCUCGUGCACGGCUUCGCCGGGGAGGGGAUUCUGACGUGGCAGUUCCAGGUCGGGUGGCUGAAGAAGUAUGCCAUCUACGUGCCUGACCUCCUCUUCUUCGGCGGCUCCGUCACGGACAGCGACGACCGGUCGCCGGCUUUUCAGGCGGAGUGUUUGGGCAAGGGGCUGAGGAAGCUCGGGGUGGAGAAGUGCACGGUGGUUGGGUUUAGCUACGGCGGCAUGGUGGCGUUCAAGAUGGCGGAGCUCUUCCCGGAGAUGGUGGAGGCCUUGGUAGUCUCCGGUGCAAUAUUGGCGACCACUGAGGAUAUCAUCACCCCCACGGUUAAUAGCUUAGGAUUCUCUUCUUCCUCGGAGCUGCUAUUGCCUACCUCUGUCAAAGGUCUCAAGGCUCUUCUUAAGGUUUCUGCUUAUAGAAAACUCUGGUUCCCUAAUCGCCUUUACAAGGAUUUCCUUGAGGUGAUGUAUGGCAACAGGAAGGAAAGGAGUGAACUGCUAGAAGGCUUGGUAGUUAGCAACAAAGAUAUUACUAUCCCAGCUUUUCCCCAGAGAAUACACCUUCUGUGGGGUGAGAAUGAUCAGAUUUUCAAGUUGGAGCUAGCACAAGAAAUGAAAGAGAAACUAGGAAGCAAGACGACGUUUCAAGGCAUAAAGAAGGCGGGUCACCUGGUUCACCUAGAGCGGCCUUGCGUCUACAACAGGUUUCUCAAGCAGUUCCUUGCUUCCCUGUAUGGCGAUAAACCCAAAAAGUGACGAUAAAACAACUACCAAGUAGCAACAAUCUUCAUUCAUGAAUUCAAUGUUCAGUUUUUAUCCCAGGCAUAUAUCUAUCAUAUUUAUUCAAAGUUUGGGAUAUAAAAACUUAAUUAAGGCUGCAAAGUUAUAAUGAAUUGGAUUUCUUU